GCUCCGCUCCGGGAUCCUCUGGCGCAGAGAGAAAGCGCAGCUUUGGCCGCCAGCAGCGAGCACCGAGCCGGGCUGGGAGGGCAGAUGAUGUGAUGUGAUCUUAUACGGGCGGCCGGCUGCAGCUACGGGCGGACUGGCGCUUAUAAGCGGCUGUUGACCUCGGCCCCGUUCACUGGCUGUGUGCGCGUCGUCGUGGGAAGGGAGGCGCAGAAAGCCCGGAGGCUGACCGAAGCGCUCUACCGCUGCAGUGGUCUCCCAGUCAGCCAUGAUGUCCGUACAAACUCCUCCCCUCUCCCGCUCUGGCUCCUCCCCCUCCACUGGUGGUCUGGCCAGUCGCAGCGCCUCCUCUGCCGCCCCUCCCACCUCCCUCAGCCUUCGAUCAUCAUACAACCAGCUGCUCGGGCGCGAUGUCAUCAAGGAGUCCAUGGAAACAGGAAGUUCAGCCACCUUGCCAAAGAGUCGUCAGAGGUACACGAUGACCAGCGUUCGGAGCGCCAUGGGGAUAAGUGACAACUUGGCUUUGUCAUCUAAAAACCAACCUGUAACCAGAGGAAGGGGCCUCCCCACCAAGUCAUCCUCCAGCUCUGCCCUCUAUUCCUCCUCUUCCUCCUCCUCCCUGUUUAAUACAGCCAACCCCAAACUGGCCAAGAAUGGCGCCAACAUGCAGAGACGAGCCGAGAGCCAGCAGCUGGAGCUGAGCAGGGCCAACACAGAGGGCAAGAUUCACAAUGAUCUCAUCAAUAAUCCCAGUUCGGACUGGCUUGAAUUUGGGAAAGAUAACUCACAGCUGCCUCCGUUUCGAAGAAGAACCAAGAGCUUCUUGGAGUACCACGGGAAGGGCUGGGAUCUGGACCUCUGGGGGAACAAAGAGGAGAAGGAGGAGAAGAAGCAGCAGCCUUCACCAGAGAAGGAGCAGGCCAGUCCUGCCAAAGAGAGGGAGAGUCAGAAGGAGGAGAAGGACGGUGACAAGCAGAGCUGCCAGGUGGAAAAGGAAGAGGUGGAGCCUGUGGUGGAGGAGGACGAGGAGGAAGAUGAGCCCACACCAACACCAAGACAGCCUCUGCUACCAGUGGUGGUUGAGGCCCCUCUUUCCUCCACCUCCUCCUCUUCUACAAACAGCCCAGAGUGGGUGCCCGACAACCACAACCACCUCCAGAUCCAGGCUCCAGCCCAGCUCAAAGAGGAGCUCUGUGCCCCGGUUCAGGCUAGUCCUCGUAGUCCCGCAAAGCCCCCUCGGAGCUCCCAGCCCCGGGUGAUCAAGGUGGAGCUGCACCCCAACAACGAGAACCAGUUUUUGCAGCAGUACCCACCGUCUUCCCCAAAACAGGCCAGAGCUGCAGAGAAAAGCACCCCGACCAGAAACCGGCCUCCACCUGCCAUGCCAGAUCCAGAACCAGACACUGGGGUCCCUAAAGUGGGCUUAAGAAUGGAUAUGACUCCUGAGACUCCCUCAGAGGAUGAAGACUCCAGCUGGACCACCCUGUCCCAAGAGACGCCCUCCCCUCAGACUCCACAGGAGACAGCGGAUGUAUGGGUUGAAGGGGAACUGCCCCCUGGCUGGCGGGAGAUCUCGGACUCAUCAGAGGUCUAUUUCUGGCACGUUCCCACCGGCACCACACAGUACGACCGACCUGUUGCCUCCAGCAAUCAGCUCACCUCUUCCAACACCAACCAUGAACCACAGCAGGAGAUGCAGGAGUCGCUCAAACCACCCAGUGAGCGCCCCAGCAGUCUGAUAUCUGACAGCUCGGUGGAGCCGGUCCCCUCACCCUCCGGCUCCUCCCCCACCUCCCCCUCCUCCCCCUCCUCCACCGCCUCCAAUGACAUCACCUCUUCUAGACAGAAUCUCAACAGCACCACCUGCACAGCCAACGAACUGAAGGACUAUCCAGUCUAUCCAGAUCCAAGUCUUAAGGCAUUCGAAGGGGCCACCCUCCGCUAUGCAUCACUUAAACUCAAUCCUCCUGCUCAGCUGGAGACAGUGGACCUGAACAACACAUUCUCUGACCCAGAGGCAAUGUCAUUUCCAGUUCGAUCUCUGGGCUGGGUGGAGAUGGCAGAGCAGGACCUGUGUGAGGGGAGGAGCAGUGUGGCGGUUCACCACUGCAUCAGACAGCUGUCCUACUGCCGGAGGGACAUACGGGACUCAGCCGGUGUCUGGGGAGAGGGUAAAGGGAUGCUUUUAGUGCUUCAGGAUCGAAUGCUGACCCUUGUUGACCCAGAUGAUCGCAGCUUGCUCCACUCUCAACCUAUCAGCAGCAUCCGUGUCUGGGGCGUUGGCCGAGACCAUGACAGGGAUUUUGCCUAUGUGGCCAGAGACAAAAACACGAGGGUGCUGAAGUGCCACGUGUUCCGAUGUGAUACCCCUGCUGCAGCCAUUGCCACAAGUCUCCACGAAAUCUGCUCCAAGAUUAUGGCUGAAAGGAAAAGUGCCAAGGCUGCAGCUGGCAGCUCCUCCCAGAACGGCUCCGAUGUACCCCUACAAGAGUUUCCCAUGCCAAAGACUGAGUUGGUGCAGAAAUUUCAUGUGCUGUAUCUGGGAGUGACAUCUGUGUCUCGGCCUAUAGGUAUGGACAUCAUAAAUGGGGCCAUAGACACCCUCCUGUCCUCCACAGGCAAAGAGGACUGGACUCCUGUCAUACUGAGCAUUGCUGACACCACUGUGGCUGUCAUCAAAGAAAAGGAGGAGGAGGAAGAGGUGCUGGUGGAGUGUCGUGUCCGUUUUUUGUCCUUCAUGGGUGUCGGACGGGAUGUGCAUUCAUUUGCCUUCAUUAUGGACACGGGGAACCAGCAUUUCCAGUGUCAUGUGUUCUGGUGCGACCCCAAUGCAGGCAGCGUGUCUGAGGCUGUGCAGGCAGCUUGUGUGCUCCGGUACCAGAAGUGUCUGGUAGCACGGCCGCCCUCCCAGCGCGCUGGCUCUUCCACCUCACCCUCUGCGGACUCAGUGACCCGGCGGGUGACCACCAGUGUGAAACGCGGCGUCCAGUCUCUCAUAGACACUCUGAAAACCAAGAAACAGCCGUCAGAACUCCCUCAACAAUGACCGUCAUCCACUGACCACUGCACCCCUACAACCCCUCCCCAACCUGGAAGCCACUCACACUACCGCCACAACAACACUUAAUCAGUACCAGCCAUGGUAACCAAUGAUGUACAUACAGUAUAACAAAUAUCACUGCAAAUAAAGGAAAGAAGAGCAACCCUCAAGUAUGCGUGAUGGUGAAAAGAAAAAAAAAAAACGAGAAAGCUCACCUGUUUUGUGUGAAGGAUUGGAAAAAACUGGUGUCACAGUUUGAACUUUGACCUUUGAACACUGCUUUGUCCGAGUGGAACCGACCUCCAGUAUGUGGAUUUCUAAGAUAGAUGGAUUAUUUGAUCGCACACUCUACAGACAGGACACAGGAUUAUGCAGAAGAAGAAAAAAAAAUCUAAUUUCUAUUGAUAGACUGGUUAUGGAGUCACUCAUCAGUUUACUCAUUUUUCUUUCCAUCUCUGUCCCCUUCUGAACUCCUGGACUGGAUGAGCUACAGCAGCCUUCCAGGACAAAUAAAGGUGUUGUCUUGCUGUCAUUGGAAUUUGACAGGUGAAUGAGAAACGCAACUAAGAGCAGACAGACAGUCAACAGUCUGCAGCUGCCCACCCAACGGCAUAAAAAUGUUUCAGUCCCUUCAAUGUGUGACAGACGUGAAAAAGACAAAAACUUAACAUCUCCUUUACUGAAGAUUUAAGUGAUUGUAAAAAUGAAGUGUAUGUAAAUGAUUGUAUGUAGGAAGAGAGAAUUUAGGGCACAAUAGGAGGGAAACGUGAGAUGUUGGCGACAGAAAAUGGGACAGAAGUGGAGUUUGAUUUUGCAUGUUUUCUUGAUGGGAUAUGUUUUUUGUUGAUGAGUUAAGGGUCUCGAUAAGAAGACAGGUGAACACCCAAAAAACAGAUGCUGUCAGCACAAGUCAUCUCCACUUGAUCAUGUCUGAAUUAACACUGGCACAAAAACAUCUGGCCUAUUCCUAACCCCUGCCUAUCUAGAACUCUCGGCCCCUUUUUUCAAAAAUACAAUUAAGGAUUGUCAGUCAGUCCCUACUUUAGUGGGUAGAUCAGUAAAAAGAGAGUUAAAACAGUUUUUAAUGUAUUUUCAAGUUUUAAAUGAGUUAAGAUUGUAAUUUUUUUGCAUAUAUUGUAGAAAAAAUGACUUUAAAAGGUCAAGAAUGUUGCAUUGCUUCUGUUCAAACUUUACAAAUUCCUCAGGAAUCUUUAUGCAGAUAUCCAAGAUUUAUGUUGAAGCAAGAAAUUCCCAAUCCAGGCUUUGACUAAGGCAUAUGUGAAGCACCCGUGGCUGUAUGAACAACAGUGCACGGUAGUGUUCGUUGUGCUCGGAUGACAUGGAAAAGAUCAAAUCUGCCAUACACUAAGGAUUAACUUUAUUUUCUCUUCCUCAGUUAACCCAGCCAGUAUACUCCCACUCACAAACAAAAUAUAAACACACAAAUAUGCACAUAGAGCAGUAAAAAAAAAGAAGAAAGUCACUGUCACUGCUGUCAAAAACUUUUCACGAUACUCGGAUGGCUCGGGGCCAUCACCUGCACUCAGUAUGAACUCUGUGAAUGCAGUUUGAUCUAAAUGGAAAACACUCAAAACAGAUGAGAGAUGCUAUAAAUCAUUUCAUUUCUGUUCGUCACCCAUCUCCACACCGUGUAAAUGUAAUCUGUUGUGACAAUAAAUGCAUUACCAAAAGGAAAAAA